AUGGCGACCGAAGAAUACGACAGUAGCUAUGAUGUUGAUAUUGAUGAGUUAGCUAUUUCCAUGAGGACAGAUUUAAAUCGACGCAUGUCACUAGUUGAGGAUCGCGGAAAAGGAAACAGGUGUUGCCCGAUAUGCAAAAUAGUGCACCGCAUUCGCCAAACUGACAGUAGUGCAUAUGAGCCAAGUAUUCUUUCAAUUGGCCCUUAUCAUCAUUCAGAGUUACCACUUCAAGCUAUGGAAGCAGAGAAGUGGAUAUGUCUAGACUAUAUUCUUAAACUAAACUGUGAAGUUAGUUUGCGCGGGUGCCUGAGUUUGAUUUCUGGACUGGAAAAAGAAGCAAGAGGCUAUUACACCGAGGAGAUAAACAUGGAUAGUGAAGAGUUCCUGCAGAUGCUUCUACUAGAUAGCUGUUUUAUUCUUGUGUAUCUUGGCAAUAUAUACGCACAAGGUGCUACCGUUGAUGAUGCGCAAAUGACAGAAAACAUGAUAUACGAGGGAAAGAGGGAAGCAAAGGACUUGAGCCACAUGGAUUCCGCCCCCUGCCAAAGUUUGAGUGGGCACUCAGCAGUGGACAUUGAACUAAAUCAAAUGGACACACAUACUGAUAGUCGGAACCAGGGGGAUUAUAGUGGCACUGUAGAAUGGUAUAAUAGUUCUGCUGUAUAUGACCUACUUUUGUUGGAGAACCAGAUUCCCUUCUUCAUUGUCAAGACAAUUUAUCGGUUCUUCUCACGUCAUGUGGCAACUACUUGGUUACUCACGAAUAACAUUUCUGAAUUCAUGGAAGGCACUCUUUACCAUUUCUCGAAAGUAAUAACUGAGGCUAAUAGGCCAGAAGAUUUUUACCAUCUGCUGCACCUGUGUCAUAAGUACCUGAAACCUAGUCACAAGUUUGAAUAUGACUAUCAUCAGUAUGCUGCAAAUCCUCAUCGCUUCCAAUUUGUACUUGAUGUUAGCCGCAAGAUCUUCACUUGUGGAGAGGAGCAAAACAUGUUCCAUGAGCUAAAUUUGUUAAAUUCAAUGCAGCAGGCCAAUCGAUGGCGUAGGGCUGUGGAAUAUCAUGAAGCGGGAAUGCAGUUCAAGAAAAGGGAGUUUGAUGAAAACAAUCCUCAUUCCCUAUUGGACAUUAGAUUCAGAAAAGGUCUCAUGGAAUUACCAUGUUUGCUGAUCGAUGAUAAGUCUUCUUUGCUAUUCAGAAAUCUUUUAGCUUUUGAGCAAACAUGUCGUCAAGUUGGAGAUGACAUCACUGCAUAUUUUGUGCUCAUGUCCCAGCUUGCUAGUACGUCAGCUGAUGUGGCUCUUCUUGCUCAGAAAGGGAUUAUAGUGCACCAGAUGGAAAGCGAUGAGGAUGUAUCAACUCUCUUCACCAAGCUUUCUGAGUAUGUGGCGUUUGACUUCAAUGGUGAACACUACCUGAAAUCUCUGUGCUGUGUCAUGGAAGCACACUACCAAAGUCGUAUUAAUAGGUGGAUGGCAUGGCUAUGGCACAAUCAUUUCAGCAACCCAUGGUUAGGUUUUGCUGCCAUAGCUUCGGUUUUCGUAGUCCUCUGUAGUGUCAUGCAAACUGUUCUUGCUUUCUUAGCAUACAUGGGAUGA